AUGCGAACUCGCCCAUACCACUACCGAGCGUACAACCUUCUAGCACUCGUCACCAAUGCCGAGAUCGGCGACUUUGUCGGACUCGAACCCUCUGGGUGGGAGCGAAAGACGAAUGUUGGUACUGGCUUGCGAGAGGCUCUGGAAUAUGCCAUGCAGCAAGACCCCGAAACCACCGAGGAAUACAACCAGCGCAAGCAGCUCGCGCCUUCUAUCGCCGCUGCCAUCCGCAAAUUUGGCGACCCUGACGGCAAAUAUGCCGACUUUCUCUACACUAUCGACCCGUACUAUAUCAAUCAGCCUUGGUACGCACUGAACGUCGGGAUUAACGACUCGGGGAUCAAGUGGGGUAUAUUGGAGACAACCUAUGGCGCAAUUCCAGCGCAGCCUACUCGCCCGGUACUGUCAAAGACUGCCAGUGAGGCGGCCGGGGCAAAGAGGACAUGGGCGCCGAGAGGUUCGGGUCCCAUGGCGGGUAUAGUUGCUCCGACUGACCUGCCACUGUGA